UUGCUUCCUGCUCGUUAUAUUCACGUAGUGAUGUUCCCACUCAGUUGCUGUUCUGCUGUUCUGCUGUUCUGAGCCACUUUAAAGGGUCGGCUGCAAGCAGGGAUCCCCAACCUGGGCUGCAGCUUGGAUUGCCCCAAAGGGACUGAUCUGUGAAGGAUGGACUUUCUCUGGCUUUUCCUCACCUAUGUGACUUUCCUCAUCGUGGGCAUCUUUGCUUUCUGCUUCCUUUCGGAAAGAUCCAGGACCAGUCUGGACAGAGCGUUACACAGAGCCGGCGCCAUUCUCUCCCUUGUGUUACCCGCUUGGCUGCCGAGACGCUACAAGAGCUGCUUCCAAACAAGGAAUGGAGCCUUUGUCAUCCUGCACUUGAUUUUAGACAUCCUGGUGUUUGCCGAAUACAGUUGGGAAGUGCUCGGCUACUGCCUGGAGCUGGAAAUAAGCCGGCCCUUUAUUUUCCUGCCGUACAUCUGCAUUUCAGUGAACCUCUACUUUUUCUACCGAUGCUGUGCCGCAGACCCAGGGAUUGUGAACAAGAAGAACGAGGCAUCCUACGUACAGCUCUAUGAAUAUGACUGCAUCCUGUUCCACCCUGAGCAGCAAUGUCCAACCUGCCAGAUAACAAAGCCAGCCCGGUCCAAGCACUGCAGAGUAUGCGGCUGCUGCAUUCACAGAUUUGACCAUCACUGCGUUUGGGUGAAUAACUGCAUCGGUGGUUUAAAUAUCCGAUAUUUCCUGAUCUACUUAAUCAGCCUGACUCUCACUGCUGUCUCCUUGGCUGCAGUCAUUAUGGCAUUCCUCCUGAAGGUGGUGCUGCUCUCUCACAUGAUGUCGGCAGCCUAUAUCGAUCCUGAAGGGCACGAGCAAAUGGUGAACAUUGCUUUUAUUAUUCAGCACCUUUUCCUGACCUUCCCCCGUAUUGUGUUCACGUUGGGGUUCCUGGGCAUCCUGGUGCUGCUCCUUGGAGGAUACAGUUCCUUCCUAUUGUACUUGUGCCUUAGCAACCAGACCACCAAUGAGUGGCACAAGCAGAAGGGGAGGAGCCUAGCCCUUGACUCACGGAAAGGAUAUUCUAAAGGACUUUGGGGAAACAUUCAAGAAAUAUUCCAGCCCCCUAUUUGUCACAAGAAGGACAGAUAAAAGGGAAUAUCUGCCUCAGAUCUACGGGAAGAUUCUAUAGGAUAGACACAAGCUGCCAAAAAGAACGGUUAUGGCUAAAGGGAGAAGCUACGAACCAUACUGACAAGGAAGGGAUCAGAUAGUAAAAUCCAAUCAGGUUAUUUAGUGUGAAUCUAUUUUCCUAUUGAGAGCCACACCCCAUACAGUGCCCAAUAAGGAGAGCUAACGGCCAAGUCUUGGUACCUAUACACAUUUCUAGUCUUAAAAGAAUCCAGUGAGAGUGGGAGCAGCCAGACCAGUGAUGAGGGACACAGUUUGACAGCUUAAAGCAGGGCUGCCCCCCUGGAAAGGCUUGGGCUGAGGGUCAAUGGGGGGGGGCACAGCCCAUUUGCUCUCUGGGGACAUAUUGAAAUGAAUAUGGCCUUGCUGGCUUGGAACUACAGCCGAAUGCCUGAUACACCCAUAUUAUGAGCUAAGAGGGGUCUGACCAAAAGUUGGACAUUCAACUGCAAAAAGCUGACCCCCCCUUCUUUUAGGGCCAGCGCACGCAACAAAUUGUGGUGCAAACAAAGAAUUUUGUAUUUAUUCUGACCUCAGCAGUUUUUAAAAAUGCGCACACAGACUAAUUCUUUUGGCGCACAUAGCUGAGAGGGAAUAAGAGGGAAUCCGUCCAGCCCAAGCCCUGGGUGCCUAUCUAGCAGAGAGACAUGAAUGGGCUGGAUUCACUGACGGCUGAGGCAUCUGUAGCCGUGCCAUUUUCCAUGGAUUUUUGAGACUGUUUUCUCUGCAGAAUCUGUCAGAUACUCAUUUUUUAGAAUUUAAGGGCUGGGCUAAAAAGUAUUUAGUAAGUACUUAAAAUAUGUAUAAAGUGUUUAACUGAGUUGUGUGAAGAAAUAUAAUCUGUCGAAAAAAAUAAAGUUCCUAUAAAAUAC